GUUUAUACAAUAUCUAUCUGUUUAUCAUGCCCGUGUGUAAUUGUAUGAAGCAUGUUUUUGCAUCCGUAUUCUCUAUACAUAACGAGCUUCUUUGACUAAUUUGGGAUAGAUUUUUUUCUUAAAACAAAAAAUACCUUUUAAGCCCGAUUAUUAGAGUUAGUAAGUGUAAAGUAGGAAGUAAUACUAAAAAAAAAAAAAAAGGGGGAGCACAGUACUUGUGAAGUAGUCUGACGAAGAUUAAGACGUCGAGUGAAAGGACGCAAAGAGGAACGAAAGAAGGAGAGAUAGAUACAUGAGUGUGCGUGAAAGCACGUUGCGGUAUCAGCUGAUAAGGGCGCAAGUUGAAGGGAGUGGGAAGAAAGAGAAGGAGAAAGAGGGAAAGACUAAGAGAGUGGGCAGGGGCGACAGAGACCAAGUGUGUGGGUGGUCGAAGAGGGAUGGCGCAGGGAGAACAACCGAUGUCUCGACAUCGGUCCCGUUCUCGCCUCAGUAGACUCGCUAUCGUCGGUACCGGCGCCAGUGCGCGGGCGCCGUCGUCGCCGCCGCCUUGUCGCCGUCUUUGUCCUCAUUCCGUCGUCGUCAUUCGCGACGAAAUGAUUGUCCGCGAUUCCGACAAUUGACGCUCCCGAGCCGAAAUUCAAGUGACGCGCCACCGGGCAGCGUCAUCGAUCCCACCUACGGCGAAUUAAUGAUCGUCUCGAAAUAUCUUACGUGAAAUCUGUGCAGAUUCAGAGCUGUGCUGUCUCUUUGUUGUAUCAAUUGAUUUCUCGAGAUUUUCUUUAUGCAGUCACCAUCGCACAACAAACUCGAGGCCUUUCAAUAGCCAGAGCCUCUCAGCUAACAUCGCGUGUUCAAGAUGCAUUUGGAAGAAAUUGAUGAGAGAAAUCCAACGAGUGUCGUUCACCCACGGUGGCGCAGCCCUUAGACCCAACGAGAAUAAAUAGCUGAGCUAUUGGUCACAACAGCGUGCAUAAAUAGCACGCGAAACUAUUAAUAGCCUAACACGAACUCACUUGACCUAUCGAAGUAUUGCGGCAGAAAAUUUACAGAGAUAAAGACAUCCACCCACACAUGCUUGUCGCAACACCCCGUGAUCGCAAAAGAAGAGGCUGCAAUUGCAGCCGCAAUAAUUGCAAUCGCGCGUAAACGCGCAGCGUCAUCGAACGGUGAUUGGCUCUCAUCAGCGACAUAUCAAAGGAGAGUACGUAAUAACGAGAACGGAUCCACCCACUCGCGGCGCCGAACAUCGUGAUCUCGUAAAAAAAAAGUGUAAUAGCAUCUGUCACGCUUUAUACACCUCGCAAACGCGACAUGAAGCGUCAAUAAUCGACAUCGAGCCUGAUUGACCCAUCGUUGACAUAUCAAAGGGAAUUAACGAUGAAAGUAGAUCCACCUACACGCAUAUGGUCUCGGAAAUUACCUUCAGCUUCGUAUUGAGGACCAAACAGCUAUUGCACUCGCAUAAUACAAGGCGCCAAUCAAGCAACUGAAUAGACGCAAUGCGGCUUUAAUCGAACUCUUAUUCGAUUUGUCGUGAAAGCGUGAAGAGAAAUUCCUAACAACAGGCGCGUAAUGUUCGUAAUGUUCCUUGUAAUCUCGUCCAACAAAGUGACCAUUGUAAUUGCAUAAUGAGUAGUGUAUACAUCAAUGAGAACACAACGACAAAGUUAAUUGUUUGGACAAAGUUAAUAGCUUGGUUAUUAUGGAAAUAGUGUGCAAAAAGCUAAAGCAACAGCAGAAACGAGAGACGUUCCGUAAUUAUCAAGCGACGUAUGGCCGCUGUAAUCGUGCAGAGAAAUUUACUUUGAUUAUGAAUCAAUAGUCAUCAUCCACAUCAUGACCCAAAUCGUCUAGUCGGCGAGACAUAUCGCAGACUUUGCGAUAUUAACGAGGACGAGAAUAUGUCAGCGAGAAACUUUAAUAAUUGGAUCCACCAAGGUGAAGAGAGAAUUCUCUAUCGUGGUAGUGGGGUGCAUCGCGGCGUCCGUGAAGACGGUGCGAAGAUCCGAGGGUAAAUCGAUAUAAUCUCGUGUGGAUCUUCGUGAUGAUUGACGAUCGUCGACAGUAACGCAACCCACGGUGGCGGCGCUUUCGAAACGACGGUGCGUCGGCGUUUCCGUGAGAAUGUUCCGCGCACGAGUGUGCCACGACGCCGCGGUCGUUCCGUUAUCGAGCGUCACUUCCCCGUGACCGAGCGUGCGAUCUUGACAGUCGCACCCACGCCUAUCGAUCUCCGCGCGGCAUUGUCGUGCGUGUGUCGAAAUUUCAGCGAAAGAGUCAUCCUCGAGAACGAAAGCCACUAGAUUAGCCCGGGUUAUCGAGCGGGCGGGUUUUGACAAGAGCCCUCGGGUGAAGAUGCGAUUGCGCGAAGUGCGCAGGUGUCUCUUUGUGACCAAUAACACGUGACGGCGAUCAUGACUACGCUUUACAUCUGCUUGCAGGUGUCAAAGUCGACCUGGUCGGCAAUGACCGAUGAUUCAUCAUCGGUCGAUGGUACUUUCGACACGCGUUGAUCUCUAUGAGACACCACGUCGGGUUCGCGAAGCAACGUCCUCACUUGGCCGUUAAUUAUCGCGCGAUCGUUACAGAUCAUCUCUGUGAACUCCUCCGCAGACUGUUCGUGCGUCGGUCUUCUUCCAGCCAGUGUAUCGUCAUACGUCGUCAGCUUGCGAAGAUGACAAAGGUGUUGAAACAUCGAAUCAUCGGUCGAUGUGGGAUCGAUGAGAUACCGUCGAUUUACAGUAGCACGCCGCCGUGAAAUCCUGAAGAAGCUCUCCCUAUGAUAGCCAUCGAUCCGCGGCAGAGAUAAUUAUGACACUGCGACGCGUCCAAGAACGUGAUCGACCAUGAUCGGUAUCUGCGGCGAUGUAUUGUGGGAUGUCAGCGAGCAGAAGAAUAUCUGGGAAACGAGUCUCUUGGUGUGACUAUCGGCGCGAUAAUAAGACACGUACAGUCCUCGUGCCUAGCGUGCCUGGCGUGUUUACAUGACUAUUAAUACCACACAACUCACGAAGCACAUCGAUACAUCGACAUCUUUCGCAAGCGUAUCAUCAUUGAUGCAGAUUAUCAUAACCGUAACGACGGUGUCGGGAGUCGGGACAACUCCGAGAAUGCGACCGGCAGAGCAAGUUCGCGAUGCUUCCCUAUUGCGAAGAAAAAGCGAACGACGUGAGACUCGGACGUGUUAACUCAGCUGACUGUUAUCGAACAUUCGAAUGCGAGCGAUGCCGUUGAGACACAGAUGGAGCAUCUGGCUCAUCGACGAAGAUAAUUGCGUCUAAUCGCGGCUUCCAACCAGCGGCUUGUCAACGUCGCCAGCGCGGGAAUUGAUGCCGAGGAAAUUUGAUUACAAGUCGACGCCCAACGACCUCACUAGUUGAUAAGAUUCGCGCGAUUAGCUUAAGGGACCAGCGCCUUUUCGCCGGGCCGAGACAGAAGGGAGUAUCGGACAACGGAAGGAAAGGAAGAAAAAAAAGGAGGGGACAAGGGGGACCAAUAUUUAACAGCAGCAAUAAUCCGACAAAGGGACCACGAAGUCUACUGAAUAGCCGGUCGACAUGAUGGAUUGGGGAAUACGACGUUCUAUUAUGUUCCACGUGAGGAGGAGGCCUGCGGACUACAUGCCGCGGAAACGUAAAAAGAAACCCGCCGGAAAAUGGAACGAACUGGACCAUAGGUACGAGGACGAGAGGCUGCCUUUUCUGCUGGAGCUCAAUCCUGACGGUAGCGAUAUUCCAAAUGGUGCCGGGGUGCGACAUCGAUUACAACCCAAUGUAACGGAAGUGGGAUCGGAGCGGCCGAUUGGACCGCAAGCGGUACAAGCGCAAACGCUUACGUUGCCGGGGCCAACAGUGAUGCCAAGGCAUUGCGUGAUAGCCUUCACCGAGAACAUUGUCACCCUCACGCCAUGCUCCAGAGACGCGCACACGUACGUCAACAACCAGAGGAUACACCAGACCACUAUACUGCAGAAUGGAGCUGUCAUCAAGUUCGGCAGGAUGCACACUUUCCGAUUCAUCGACCCAGCGCCGGAAGAACGCAUCAGGCAGAGACACGAUUCCAACAAGCAGAUCGACUAUGCUUACGACCGACGCUCGCCGGACGCGACCAGCCAGGACGUCAGCUCGGAGAAGUUCCGACCAGGGUCCGGCACGCCGAACGGCGGCGCUCAGGCCCCGAAUCAGAGUCAAGAGCGGGCGACCCCGUCCAGUCCCUCCAAGUCCGCUGCCGCUCGUAGUCCUCGUAGCCCUACGCACCCGUCGGAACCCACGCACAAUUACGAGACCACGUUCGACCUGGAUGGCAAUGUAGAGACUGCCAGUCUGAGCAGCAGUAGAGACGGCAACAGGCUUGCACAGUACGAACGACAGCCACGAGGCGCAGACCCGAUCUUACCUGCCGUCCUGGAAUUCCUCGAGGAAACCGAAGAGACGUUUCUUCAUGCUGUUAUCACCGACGUGGAACCUUCGGCGCCGCAGUUCAAGCUGGCUCCGACCUACACCCUCUAUCUGAGCGCGAGGUAUCGCGCCAGCACUCACUACAGGCCGGAGUUGCAGCCCACAGAGAGAGCGCAUCGUCUCACUGUUAUGUUGGCGAAUGUCGCUACUAUGAUACAACGUGUUAUCCAGGAACGUUACAUGGACGCUUCGUCGUUGGCUUUCUGGUUAGCGAACGGCUCUGAGCUGUUACACAUGCUGAAGAGUGACCGACACGUGGGAGCAUUUUCCACAAGGGCGCAAGAUAUCCUGACGGACGCGGUGCAUACAUCAUUCGGCUCGCUGGUGCGAUGUGUCACGCUGGAACUGGCACCAGCGAUGACUCAGUUUAUGGCAGACGCGGACGAACCGGCGAAAGAGGCCGGGGUAUUGCAGAUAUUUUCAAACUCGAUGGCAUUGUUGCGACGAUGCCGGGUGAACGCUGCAUUGACGAUACAACUAUUCAGUCAUCUCUUCCACGCGAUCAAUGCCACAGCCUUCAAUACUCUGGUCUCCAAUGGGAAUCUGUGUGUUCGAUGGUUUGGGCGCAGGUUAAAGGCGCGAUUGAAUGCCUUAGAGACCUGGGCGGAGAGACAAGGCUUGGAACUCGCCAGUCAAUGUCAUUUGGCGACGAUCAUGCAGGCGACUCAUCUGCUACAGGCGCCCAAGUAUAACGCUGAAGAGCUGGCUACCUUAAGCUCUACCUGCUUCAAGCUGAAUUCUCUGCAAGUCAGGGCAUUACUGCAGAAAUAUCAGCCUGCCGCAGACGAGCCUAGACUGCCCGCCGAGCUGAUCGAGAACGUUGUAAGGGUAGCAGAGAGUGUCGCUGAUACGCUUGCACGUUCAGACGGCCGGGAGAUAAGACUGGAAGAAGAACCUGUUCUGGGAUUAGCUUUACUGCUACCUGACGACGGUUAUAGUUGCGAGGUAAUAAGAGGCGUUCCACCAGGAUUGGCAGAAUUUUUGGCACCUCUACAGCGAGACGGCUUAUGUCGAAUGGCGGCUCAACCCACUAGCAGUGGGCACUGGACCAUUUACAUGAUAGAUCACCAUAACAAUUUGCGUAGUCCCAGCGCGAUGAGUAACAGAUCGGGUGGUUAUACCAGUCACAUCACUCAAAACCAAGCCCAACCGGAAAUACAUGUCAUUAAAUUGCACAAGAGUACCAACGGUAUGGGCUUGAGCAUCGUCGCGGCCAAGGGUGCGGGUCAAGAUCGGUUAGGCAUCUACAUCAAGAGUGUGGUCACUGGCGGUGCAGCAGAUGCUGAUGGUAGACUGACAGCAGGCGAUCAGCUGCUCAAGGUGGAUGGACAGAGUCUCGUAGGGAUUACGCAAGAAAAGGCUGCCGAAUAUCUCGUACGUACCGGGCCAAUUGUGACGUUGGAGGUUGCAAAGCAAGGUGCUAUAUAUCACGGUCUUGCAACGUUGUUGUCUCAACCUUCCCCUGUUAUGACGAGAGCCUAUAAGAGUCGACCGAGGUCCGAGCUCUUAGAGCCGGCGGCACCAGCGGAAGCUGCGGCAGCCGGCCAGCCAGCCACGUCACACUCGAUGGGCGACUUAUUGUCCCUGCCGAAGCAGACGGCGUGUCAGGAUGUAGCUCAACCAGGUGCGAUCCCGUCCCAACGCUUUCUCGAGGCGUCCUUUUACCGUAAUCAGCUCGAUCGAGGUUUCCCGCGACUAGAUCUCGAGGAGUACCACUCCGCGCGGCAGGAUCCGUUCUCUGUUCUCCAUCAGAGAAGCGCAUAUUCGACUAUAUCUUAUCCUGUCGACGAGUUCCGUGGCUUCGUCGACGAGAGAGAGUACCUGUGUCGUCCAUCCACUCCCACCGUCUCCCCUGUGCGCCCUCCGAAACCCCGUACGCCUCUAUACUGCCCUCUGAUCUCAAUCACGAGCGAUAACGCGGUAUCAUCCGUCAUAUAUCAAGAUGAAAGCGACGAAAGCGAUGAUAAAAUCAUCGAAGAGGAUGAAGGUAUCGCGGAGCAAGGUAGAAUCGCGACGGAUAACCGCUCGUCUUACUCGGUGGACGCUAUAAAUCCAUUUGAGAGGAUCACGACACCACCGGAGGAAUACGCAGCGCCUAUGACAGACGGUAAACGCUCGUCACUGACUUUUGACAAAAACUUCUUCGACACUAUACCGUACAUCGACCAAACCGAUGAUAUUAAUCUCGCGGAAACUUCUGAAUGUGUUCAGGGAACGUCGUGUAACUCUAAUCUUAAGGGUGCCCACAAGCGCACAGAUCGUCAAAGUCACCAGGCUCUUAAUGUCGUGGAAUCUAAUUAUGAGUUAGGCGCAUGUAGCAAUUUGUACUUGUCACCAAGUAGAUCGACGUUGUCCGUCGAAGAUCAAGUAAUCACGCCAGAUAAUACCGUCGUAGAAUCCAGCCAAGACAACUUCUCACACCUGCAAAUACCAAGCGCAAAUAAUAGCACGGAACGCGAAUUAGAUAUUAACGAACAAUAUGAGGACAGGCUAGACGACAUUUCCAACUCGGAAGACUGUGCUGACGAAUCAAGUUCCACGAUUAACGACGAUUUCGCGUCGAGUAGAGCCGACAGGAGCACCGAGGACGGCAUCUCGACGCCCAAGAUGUACACCAUAAUGCCGGAGCUGCACCUCGACCUGAGCGGACUGAAUAGCGACGUGUCCAGCGACGAGUCCAAGACAGAGAAGUGCUGGAAGUCGCCGGAGGAGGUGCGUCUGGGGUGCGGCAGAGUCGCCGCUCUGGCGAAGCACUUCUCCAAACUUGGCGACGCCGGUCUCAUCAGGUUCAAGUCCACCAAAUUGACCGAUUCUCGGCAGUUCGUAUCGGAACCGGACAUCAUGACACCGGAAAAGAGCAACGAACGAUCGCGUCAUGAACCUUGGCGCGUGAAAGAGUACAAGUCGGACUCCAAUCUGACGAGGGAUAUUGACGACGAUUCUCGAAUCGGCUCGGUUGCCAGGCGUAAUGUCAUACUAGUGGACGUCGAAACGGACGGCAACUUUGCGAUUCAAGGAUGCAAACUCCAUCAUUGCGGCGCCAAACGAGUCACCGUCGCCAGGUUUCCUUCGUUGAGCGAUAGUACCGGGCAAAUCGCCGUCACUGAUGUUGGGAAGAGCGUAGCCUUGACAGAGAUCGAAAACUACGAUGACGCGUCGAAUAACGAGAGCAACAAUCAAGUCGCGGGAAUCGAAGAUCACCAGGUAGCAGCAACUGAUAAGAACGAACUUCAGGCUCCCGAAAGUAAAAAUCCGUUGGCUAAAAACGUAAGUGUGAAAAACAGCAGCUCUAAGCUGUCGUUGCAGGAACAGCAGGUGAUCGUAGAGCAACUCGAGCAAUUCUCAAAUCUGGAUAACGCUGAUGCGCCUUUAUUCAUACCUGAACGAGAUGUGGAACUAGUUCCUUCGAAGGACGAGAAUAAUGAGACGUCUGCUCCUGAUAACACCGCUCGGUUAAACGUGACAGAUCAAUCAGAGGUAAUGCCUCAGGAGAAGUUACCGUCGCUGAUCAAUAUAAGUGAUAACCCACAGAAAACUGAACAAGAUGAAGCUUCCGACUCUUCGUCGUCUUCUUCUACCCUGGCUUCCGUACGUUCUCCUUCAUCUUCCCAUUCUUCCGUCGUGUUGUCCUUCUCGAACGUCGCGAAAAGUUCUCUGUCUCCAGAAGAUAGCGAGUCGCAAGUCCAUCAACGUUGCGGCAAGCAUCCCAAGUCGUGCCUGUUCAUAGACAUUUCUCAUUCUUCCGUCAAGAACCGCUCGAACGACAGUUCCUUGGAGAGUCCGUCUAUGCUUCCGCCACGUGCGAGCGCGUGCACGCGAUCGAGUGCGCACGAUAACAACAUUCUGCGCGUGCGAAUUGCCAGACCGCUCUGCAGCAGCGAGGACAAUUUAAUCGGCGCUGCGAUUUACAGCAAAGAGGAGACCGAUCUGCAGAUCGCGGAGCGUCGCGGCGAAUCCGCUAAGUUGACGCGCAGCUGCGAAAAUAUCCUAAGCAGUAAGUUCCUAGCCGAUCCCGUUGGUCGAGAGUGGCCUUCGGGAAGCCUUCGUAAAGACGUCGAUUCGUCCCAUAAAUCCUGCUGCGACAGAUUAAACUCUGAAUCGAAGAAGAGGACACGUUGGUAUCGUCACCGCUCUCUCGAAGAGCUGAAGUCGAAGAGAGCAUCGAGCUGGCAGGACCACUGUACCUCAGUCCGAACCGACGAGAUUCAAAGACUCGGCAGACCAGCCGGCGACAAAUCAGCUCUCGAAGAUAGAGAGGAGCUGCGACGGGACGGUCGCCGAUCGCUCGAGGAACUGAGAUCGCGGAGGGAGUCGCGCGAACAAGACAGUCCGAUUUUGGUUACCGAAGUUCAACGGCCCGACUGGAUGCCGAAGAGACUUCGCAGAAAACGCGUGAGUUGCGAUCGGCUAAGAGGAAGCGCUCUCGAACUGUCGCGUGAGAACGAGGCGAGAGACGAGGAACCGCGCAAGUCUCAGAGCGAGUUGGACGUUUCGAGGCGGAAGUCCGACUCGGAGAGGGACGGUUGGAGCUUCCGUGAGAUCAGCUCGCUGAAAGAUGGUGACCGGUCGCACGCCUCGCGUCCUCGUCGCAUGAGCGAGCGGGAUCUACCGUCACGGCUUGGACACGACGCCACUCCUCAGCAAAUCCACAGCAGCAAGUCUGUGCCGGCAUUGCAUAAUGUGGGUACCGAGGCCAAGCAGCAGCAUGAGGUAUUCAACCCUGGAUACAGCAGAGCCUCUUCCAGCAACAGCGUUACGCCGCCUGUCCAGCCGCCUCCCAUGGCUACAAUUAACAGCGCGACUUCCUUGCGUUCCAGAUCGAGUCACAACUUACACGACCCCAUGAGAAUCGGGACUUUACCGCCUUCCGGCUUGGUCAGCAGGCAGCAGUCGUCACCUAACUUGAAUCCGAACCCAACGCACACUAAUGCACCGUUGAAUGCGCAGAACUUGGAGGCAGAGAGGUUUUAUCAGAACCUAAGCGUUUAUCGAAAUCAAGACCCGACGGUGAAACAACAGAUCAGUCCGCAUCAAUCGGACGAGAGGAAUCCCCAACACAUUCAGAAGACGCUGAGAGGCUCUCAAAAUUCGCUGAACCGUCCGUCCACUUUGGAAGUUAGCGGUCACAUUCGAGACCGUCCGACGUCCGCGUACAUCACUCAAGGCCAGCAACAGAGCUACUCAACGAUCAACAACCAGCUGCAGCAGCAGAGUGGAGGUUUGCCGCCGCGUUCGCAGUCAUCACGUGACAUGAUUCGCCAGGAGGCGAAGCUGCAGGAGAUGCAGGAGGAGGUUCGUCGUCGGGAAUUACGCGGUGGUGCGCCGCUGCUGAACCAACAUCGACCACCGGCGAUGUACAACAUCGGUGCACGAGGAGCAGCGCCUUCUCAGCAACUGUCGAAUACCUUGAACGUCCGAUCACCGAGACCGCUUGGUUCUACAUCGAACUUGGGCACCACCUCCUCGUACACCGCUGCGAGACAAAAUGUGCCGGGUUACAACUAUCCGGACAACCAAUACCCGCAGUACAACAGCACUCAGUACAGCCAAUAUGGCCAGUACAAUCAAUAUCCUAAGCACCCAGCGGCCGGUGGCCAAUACGGCCCGAUGAUGCCGAAGCCGAAGAACGAGGGAACGAUUCGCGGCCAUCAAACAAUACCCAAUGAGAACCUGCUCGGUAGGGAUUCCGGCAGUCAGGAUGCGAAAUCCUACAUCGAUCCGAACCGACAUUUCGCUGGCUCACAGAACAGUCCACAUUAUCCAAACGGCAAUUUGGAGCAGCGCGUCGAUCAAUACGCCAACGACAACGUCGUCAGCCGAGCGCAGAACGGAGAGGGGCACUCUAUGACGACAACGGAUACUCCUCCGACGAGACCAGCUCUACCGGAGGAGAGCAGUUAUAGCGAGAGCCCGCCGCCACCGCCACCUAACACUUCAACACAUCCUUUAUAUAACAAACAAGCUGACACAAGAUAUACCGCAAGCAUGCAAGAUCCGCCACGGGGUAGUUACUAUCCUGCGGGAGGAAUCGGCACUAUGCAACAACCUCGGCAGUAUCAAUAUAGCGCGACGAAUCCUUGGCAACGAGAAGAAAGAGAGAAGGAACAAGCGCGCAGGAGAGAAGCCGCGAGACAAUGGCGUGAUCAGCAGAUCUCCGAGUUGAGCGCGCUGGCGCACCGAACGCAGCAGCAGGAGGAGCAGCUCCGAGCGUUACAGCUAGAGAGGGACUUCCAGAAGCGAGCGGAGGAGGCUGCCAAUCAAGACGACGACGAGGAAAGCAACGACCUGGAUAACGAGAGCGCCCAGCGUGUUCAGGGCUUGCUGAGGAUGGCAGUCAGCCAGGAGAGAAUAGUCCAAGGGAAUCAACAACCGCCGACCUUGUCCAGAACCAACACAAGCAAUCAGUCUAUGAGAGGCGGCGGCCUCUCUCUCCAGCCGAUAAGCAGUCAGAUGCAGCCUACUGCUGGCAGCCACUCUCACGCUUCUUUGUCCAGCCAAGCGACGUCUCAGAAUGUCGGGAUGAGCAGCUCCGGUCAGGAUAACAGUGGCCUGCACAUGCAAUCGAAUCAGCAGCAGCAGCAAACGGCGAAUCAAAGCAGCGAGGAGCAGCAGCAAAUGCACAUGUCUACUAAUUACGGCACACCUCUGAGUCACUUUGGCACCGGCCAGAAGCCCUAUUCUGUCGGCAUGUCACACUCCUCGGAAGACAGGGAGCUCCAACGGAGGAUGGACGAGGUGAAGCGAAAGCAAGCUGAAUAUGAGGAGAACCAGAAGAAGCAAGAAGAGGAGCUCAGGCAGCAUCAGCUGCACUCACAACAGCAGACGUAUCAGCAGAGCCAGCAUUCGAGAAACCAGCAACCUUUGCAUCCCGGCAUGCUGCGUCUGGAUAACUUGAUUAUCAAUGGGCCCAACAUGCCUAUGUCCUCGCAAAACAAUACAAACGAUGCACCUCCGCCACCAGAACGAGGUUCCAGCUAUGCCGUUAUGUCGCAACAAAGCGCUCUCAGGUCGAACGGCUCGACCGUGUCUAAUCUACCUCCAAGUUCUCAGCAGCCAGCAUCUAUGAAAAAGGUUUCUUUUCAUGAUUCGAAUGCAAAUAGCGAAUCUAUGCUGCGCAAUGUACCGUCCGGAACGUCAAAUCCGCCGUCGAUAACGAUGGAUACUAUCAGAGAAGAUCCCAACAAUUUUAUCAACGACGCGGAAAAUCUGUUAGCGUCUCCCAAGACACCGGAAGGUUCCGGAACUUCGUUUUCUGGCGCCACUCCCGGGGUGAUUGGAGCACAAGAAGUGUAUAAGGACCCGCGACAAAAGCGGCUAGCGGAGAAACAGAAGCAGCAGCAGAACUCGCAGAUUGGCGCGGUGCCGGAGAAGCUCAGCUUUAAGGAGAAGAUGAAAAUGUUCGCGAUGGAGACCGGCGAGGACGGUACACCGCGUGACAAAGUGAAGAUCUCGCGCGCCCAACGCGAGAUUGACAACAUCAGCAGCCCUCUCAAUUCCAACAAUAACAACAACAAUAACACCAGCGGCAAUAACAACAAUAACAAUAGGACCUAA